AUGGUUGAACAAGUUCCUGUACAAAUGGACGACGAGAAGACGCGGGCUCGGAACGGCUACCGCAGAAAGUUGACUGAAUGUCGUGACAUUGAGCAAAAGCUCAAGGAACUUCGCAAAAAAGUUAUUUCAUUGUUUAAAGUUAUUUUAACUGGAAAGAAAAAUGUAGGAGACAGAAAUGCAAAAGCAGUUCGAAAAGUCGGAAAACGACAUCAAAUCUCUUCAAUCGGUCGGUCAAAUCGUCGGCGAGGUUCUGAAACAGCUCAGCGAGGAGAAGUUCAUCGUUAAGGUUUUUAUUUCUUUUGAAAAGAAAAUUUUUUUUUUCUGGUUUCAAGGCUACGAACGGCCCUCGUUACGUGGUUGGAUGCCGUCGAUCGAUCAAUAAGGAGCAAUUGAAGCAGGGAACUCGAGUUUCUCUCGACAUGACCACUUUGACUAUCAUGUAUGAUAAUAAUUUGCUCAUAAGUUCUUGUUGGAUUUUUUGAAGGCGCAUCGACAAAGUUUGAAAGCCAAGAGUAGUUUUUCGGUGUUAUUUUUAUUUGUAAAAGAUAUAUGCGCCUUUAAAACCUGAGCAAUCGUUUCGAAACCAUUUUUGGAUAUUAUUUCCAGGCGGCAACUCCCACGCGAAGUCGACCCUCUAGUGUACAAAAUGUCGCACGAAGAUCCCGGAAAUAUUUCUUACGCUGACGUCGGAGGCCUCGCUGAUCAAAUCCGCGAACUUCGUGAAGUAAAAUAUUUUUUCUAGAAGAUAAAAUUGAAAAAUUCAGGUUGUCGAACUUCCCCUGAUCAAUCCCGAACUGUUCCGUCGUGUUGGAAUCACUCCCCCGAAGGGUUGCUUGCUUUUCGGACCGCCCGGAACUGGAAAAACCCUUCUGGCAAGGUUAUUGGAUUGAUAAUAUACUAAUUUCAGUGAAAUAUGUUAAAAAUUUGAUUUUUUUUUUGAUCAAUUGUCGAUUAGUGACAAGAAAACAGUUAGUUUUUCUCAUCGUGGAAAAUCUGUGUUCUAGUCGGUGAAAAUCCUUUCCAUUUUUUUUUAUUUUUUAAUGAUUAUUUUUGGCCUUUUAAAGGUAACUUGAUGGUGUUCUUUGAAACAGGGACCGUCGAGGUUUACUUUUUUUCAAUACAACAAAUUUUUAAGCUCCAUUUUUCAUUUUAACUCUCCUUUUUUUUGAAAUUCUCAUAAAGUAGUUUAAAGUCCUUUGGAUAGGUUACUUAAGAGAAUGAAGGUCAGUCUUGGACCUUAUUUAAAAAAAAACCACCUGGGAAUAGUUUUGAGCAGCAUUUUUGCAUCCUUGUCCUUAAUGAUACGCUUAUUAUUUUCUUCAAAGUUUAAUAAUAAAUGAAUAAAUGGAUAUUUGAAGAGCGGUAGCCUCGCAACUGGACUGCAACUUCCUGAAGGUCGUCUCCUCGGCGAUCGUCGACAAAUACAUUGGAGAAUCGGCCCGAAUGAUCCGCGAGAUGUUCAAUUACGCCCGCGAUCAUCAGCCCUGCAUCGUUUUCAUGGACGAAAUCGACGCCAUCGGUACGGAAUCCACUGUUACUGUUUCACGGGACUGAACGGCUUUUUUUUUUUACUUUCCCACGUGUUUUUUUUUUCAUUUAAGUGGCCGCGAAAUUCACUCGUUUUUGAUUUUUCAUAAGGGAAAAUAAGCGCCGCAACAAAAAAAAAACUGUCAAGGAUUUUUCUACGAAGUUCAAAGUUUGAUCAAAUUUCGCUACAGACCACCAAAAAAUACUUAUCUUGUUACUAAAUCUUUCUAAAUGGUUAUUACACUUUUUUUUGCUGAAAAAAAAUUUUCAAGCCCUUAAACGUUGAAUAAAGAAAGAAGAUAUCUUCCGUUGCGUUAAUCAACAGAAAAUUCAUUUUUUCUUCCAGGAGGUCGCCGUUUCUCGGAAGGAACAUCGGCAGAUCGUGAGAUCCAGCGAACGCUGAUGGAGUUGCUCAACCAGCUCGACGGGUUUGAUUCUCUCGGAAAAGUCAAGGUGUGUCGAGAGGGGAAAUAAAUGCUUUUCAGAUGACGAAACGCAAAAAGUUCAAAAAAUCUAUUUGAAAAAUUCAAAAAGUCGCUGCUGUGUACCUUGUAAACGCAUGGUUUUGCAGCCUAACAUGUAAUAUUUUUCAAUUUUUUGUUUUUGUUAUAUUUGACUUGUUUCAAAGCUUAAAUCAUUAUUUAUGGUAUAACUUUGAUCAGUAUAAUUUUCUAAAAAUCUCUGAGAACAAAAAAGUAAAAAACCGAAAAUUAGAAACAUUAAGAAUCUCAAAUUUAAGUAAUUUUGAAGCUCAAGGGCUCGAAAUUUUCUCAAAAUCUUUUUUUUCCAUCAAAAGUUUCAUCCCACCCCUUUUUAUUAUUUUUGCCAAGGGUUUGUCUGUUUUUUUUUACCAUUUUUGUUCAUGAUAUGAGCAUUUUGCCUCUGAUUUCUCAUCAUAUAUUUAUUAAGGUGAUCAUGGCGACCAACCGUCCCGACACUUUGGAUCCUGCCCUUCUUCGUCCCGGUCGCCUCGACCGAAAAAUCGAAAUCGGCCUUCCCAACGAGCAAAGUCGUCUGGAAAUCAUCAAGAUCCACGCGAAUCCCAUCACCAAACACGGGGAUAUCGAUUACGAAGCCGUCGUCAAACUGUCCGACGGAUUCUCGGCCGCUGAUCUUCGAAACGUCUGCACCGAAGCUGGUGUGUAGGAAUGAUGAAGAAAAAAUAGUUUUUCAACCCUUAAGGGAGAUGAUUUUAUAGGACAUUUACGCUUAUUCUGUGGAAAAAGGUGUACCUUGGGCGUGAAAUCCGCUUGAAGCGAAAGCGCAAAAAAAGCUUGGCUUACGGUAGCUUUUUGACAGCGGUGCUUUUUGAACCUUAUCGUCAUGCGCGGAAGACACCACACCUUUAAUGCGGGAUUUGUUAUUUUUUAAAAAUCAUUAUUAAAGGUCUCGAAGCGAAACCGCAAAAAAAGCUUGGCUUACGGUAGAUUUUUUUACAACGCUUCUUUCAAAACGUGACCGGCAUGCAAGAAACACACCAUAGCUUCAAUGCAAAUGCCGCCUUUUACAGUUUUUUGAAGGGUCUCGAAGCGAAACCGCAAAAAAGAUUAGUUUUACGGUAGCUAUCUUACAGCGGUGCUUUUGGAACGUGUCCGGCAUGCACGGAAAACAGUAGGCAUUUAAUGAGGAAUUCGUUUUUAGCCAUUAAGGGUCUCGGAGCGAAAAAAAAAAGCUUGGCUUACGAUAGCUUUUUUGUUUUAAAACCUGAUCGUUUUGAUUGGAAUACACUGUAGUUUGCAGUUUUUUCCUCUCCAAGAAAAUAGCGUAUCCCGAAUUGAACCAAUUUCAACCAAGCUUCGUUUCAAGACCUUUCUUUGCUGACUUUUUGCAUUUCUGUAGAUUAAAAGCUUUGUUUACGGUAGCUAUAUUUCUGCUAUGAUUUUUUAAACGUGACCGUCUCGCGUGGAACACAUUUUAAUGUGAUACUUGAAAGUCUCAAAGCGAAAGCGCAAAAAGAGCUUGGUUUACGGUAGCUUUUUCGUUUGAAAAACCGACAGUUUUUUACGAAUUUUCUGGGCAUGAGCAGGAAAAUGUGAAUAGAAAAUGCGCUAAUCAAAAAUUUACAGUUUAACGAGUUUUUUUUUUCAAUUUUCAGGCUUUAUAGAGCUUUUAGUAACGUUUUUGUUUGAUCAAGUUUUUUUUUUCUGAAUUUUGAGAUUUUUUUUAAAAAUUCGUUCAACUUUGUCCACUCACUUUUCAAUUUUUGGACUUUCAGGAAUGUUCGCGAUUCGCUCUGAGCGUGAAUACGUCAUCGAGGAAGAUUUUUAUGAAGGCUGUGAGAAAGGUGAAACUUUGAAAUUUAUCUUGAAAAUAAUUAAUUUUAAUUUUUUUCAGGUCGGCGAUGCCAAGCGACUCGAGACGAAGCUCGACUACAAACCCGUCUAACCGAAAAAUUUUACCCUUUAUUCAUUAAUUUAUGCUCUUUUUAAACGUUUCUUGGUCCGUUUUACAUGUAAAAUGAGUUUUCGAUCGACGAAAGAUGUGAUUUUUAAUUGCACUCGCGGAUAAAAGUUUGGAUUUCUGAGUUUUUGAAUCGAAUUUCAUUGGUUUUAACCAUUAUCAGAGUAUUUUUUUUUAGCUAUUUGUGUUGAGAAAAAUCGAAUUUUUCUGGUUUCUUGGAAGUUUUUUAAUCCAAAAACGGAAUGCAAGGCGAAAUAAAAAUGGCAAAAAAGUGUCUUCCGUUGCCGGGAAUCGAACCCGGGCCUUACGGGUGAGAGCCGUAAAUCCUAACCACUAGACCACAACGGACACGAGAGUGGCGUCUGCCAGGCGGCCACUUGACGCCUCUUUAACACUGCCCCAAUGCUUUCCGUUUCAGAUAAGAUGGGCCGCAGAUCGGCCGAAUUCGACGUUUUCAACGAGUUGGCCCAGUUGGGCGUCGACGUUUCGAAGUCAAAAUUGCUGAAACAUGUUAAAAUUCCCAAACAUGAGCAGAAUUUUGUUAUUCAGAAUGGGGCUCAGAAGGUUGGUUUUUGGGGUGGAAAUGGAUCUAAAAAAUAUCACUUUGUAUAAAGAUUCAGAAAAAAUUGAUUUUGACAAAAAAGCUUACAAAAAAGUUCAAAAAGGUUAGUUUAAAGGAGCAUGACUGGGCUGAAAAAUAUCCGGUCUUGGAGCGAUUUUUUUUUCUGGAUUUUUAAAGAAAAAAGCAAUUUUUUCUCAAUUUUUCUCUUGAUUUCGAAAGAUGUAGCGUUGGAAAAUAAAAGUUGAAUUUUUUUUUGACUUAAAAAGUCGCAUUUGUGGAAUGGCUAGAAGCGUCGCGGUCGCGUUGCGGUUCAAAAGAAAUUUGGUAGCUUACCGGUGCAAUUGAGCGCAACCGCUCCGAGUCGGGCGCGUUUUGAAAGAGCCGCAAAUUGUUAAAAUGAAAGUUUUCGCGUGGCUUGACCUGCUCGUGGAAUGACUCAAGCAUCGCGGUCGCGUUGCGGUUCGACAAUGAGUGGAAUUUUUAAAGAUUUCCUGGACUUUUCCACGAAAACCGUAUUGAGUCGGGCGCGUUUUGAAGCAACCGCUACGCAGCUGAGCUAUUCUACGUGCGACCAUAACAUCCAAAUUCGGCUUUCUGAAAAAAAAAAUCAAAUUUCUCUCAGGAUCCAAUGUCAUUGGGUUUGCCGCCGGGAGCAAAAUUGCUGAAAUACGUGAGGAUUCCCAAAAACGAGCAAAUUUGA